CCUGCAGUCACGCGGGGCUGGGUCUCAGCUGUAGCUGGCACCAGCCCCGUGGAGAGGCGGGUUCUCACACUCUAACCUACACGACUUCCAGGCAUUUCUAGGCGAGGGGCAGGGCGGAGUUUGCAGCUCAUCUCCUAGGGCCAGCGGGCCUUAGAAGCCGGCUGGCGGCCCUCACACGGAGGGGAAAGCCGAGCUUCGCAGCUCCCAUCGGGGAGGGCUGACUGUCCUUUCGACUCCGGUCGCCUCCACUCUGCCCCCUGCAGGCCGGCCGGCGGCACUGCUCAGGGGGCAGGUCGGGGCCUGGAGCGCGGAGCCCGGAGACGCUGGCUCGGCCUCCUGCGGCCCUUUCCCCAGUGGCCAGCGGGCCAGCGUCGCCGCGGAGACUCCGGGCCAUGGCGCGGGUACUGAUCGUGGGCGCCGGGCUGACAGGAAGCGUGUGCGCAGCGCUGCUGAGAAAGGAGACGGCCCGUCCUUUGCACCUUGUUGUGUGGGACAAGGCUGGGGACUCAGGGGGAAGAAUGACUACUGCCUGCAGCCCUCAGAAUCCACAGAGCACAGUCGACUUGGGUGCACAGUACAUCACCUGCACUCCUCAUUAUGCCAAAAAACACCAAAGUUUUUAUGAUGAACUGCUAGCUCAUGGCAUUUUGAAGCCUUUGACCUCUCCUAUUGAAGGAAUGGUGAUGAAAGAAGGAGACUGUAACUUUGUGGCACCUCAAGGAGUUUCUUCAAUUAUUAAGCAUUACUUGAAAGAAUCAGGUGCCGAUAUCUGCUUCAGACAAUGUGUGACCCAGAUCAACCUGAGAAAUGACAAGUGGGAGGUCUCCAAGGAAACAGGCUCCCCUGAGCAGUUUGAUAUUGUUGUCCUCACGAUGCCAGUUCCUCAGAUCCUGCAGCUUCAAGGUGACAUCGCAAAUGUAAUUAGUGAAUGCCAAAGACAGCAACUGCAGUCUGUGAGCUACUCCUCUCGCUACGCUUUGGGCCUUUUCUAUGAAGCUGGCACGAAGAUUGAUGUCCCUUGGGCUGGGCAGUACAUCACCAGUAAUCCCUGCAUACGCUUCAUCUCCAUUGAUAAUAAGAAGCGCAAUAUAGGUUACAAAUGCUGCUGCCAACUCUCCUGGCCAAAUGACUCUUCAUCUCAAACCUUGCCUUGUGUGUGGAGGGGAUGGAUUUACCCACUCCAACUUCGAUGGCUGCAUUGCUUCUGCCUUAUGUGUUCUGGAAGCUUUAAAGGAUCAUAUUUAGUACCUGUAUUCUUAGUCUCUACCUGUGCUUUGGGUUUUUGUUUUCUCAAUUUUCUGUUAUUGAUUUUUUCCUUUUCUAUUUUGUUGAGAGAAAUUACCGGAAAAUUGUUCUUCACUUGUUGUCAUUUUUUAUAUGGAGUAUAAAAUUGAUUUUCUAAUUUUUAUAGUUACAACCCAUGCUAGAAUAAAAAUUUCUUGGGCUUUAUACCUGUUGCCACUUUUCUGAGUUGCCGUGGCUACUAUACUUGUUGGAGGAAAAGUAAUGCUUAAAAGUAACAAGUGGCCCUCCCCAAAUUUAGUCAAAUCAAAACUUUAUUAUUCUUUUGAAAAUUUCACUUCCAAAUAAAUAUUCAUUAUCAAAGCCUCAUUUUUAAUCUUCAACUAUGCCCUUGAUUUAAUAUUUUUACAAACUUCUAAACUACAAGAUUCCUCCAAACUAUACAUAACAGUGUAAUUUUUGUUACUCAUUUAUCUCCUAAGUUAUUAAAUAAUCCUGAAUUGUAGUCAUGUAUGUCCUCAUCUCUAGGAUUGCAGUUGGGAGGGCAACUUGACAGGUAAAAUAACCUCUCCUCAAAUUUUCAGAAAAUAACCAGAUUCAUCUUGACUUUCCAAGUGACACAGAACUUUUUAACCUUAAAAAAACUCAGUCUUAGGCCAGCGGAGUGGCUCAGUUGGUUAAGAGCUUGCUCAAGAG